AUCUGCGAACCAACAAACACUACUAUGUAAAAAGGCUUGGCUCAUGCAUAUUAAUUUGUUACGUGACAAACGGCCCACAAAAGUUACUAGCUACGUCGGCGUGACCUUGUUAAUAUUAAUGAUAAAGCCUUCGCCAUAGUGUGGUUAGUAAUUACGCGACCCUCCCACACUUCCAUUCUCCGUUCAACGGCUGUCCUCAGCAUCCCCUCAGUGGUGAUGGCGUGUGUGGAUGCUGCUAAUGCGGCGGAGCCUGGGGCCUAACCAAACCGGUUAACGUUACCGGGGAACUCAAGAAACGAGGACGUGCGGUGCUGGGCAUUAUGAGCCUUACCUUCAACGGCCGGCUCCCGGAUCACUGCUGUAUCUCAUGUCAGGGUGUUUGUUCGCGUGAAACCAAGGAAUGAAGUGCUGCAACCAUGAUGCAAGGACUGAAAAAGCGUACCCGAAAGGCCUUCGGGAUACGAAAAAAAGAAAAGGACAGUGACUCCACUGGAUCACCAGACAAGGAAAAAUCAAAAAAAACUAAUGGGGCUCCUAAUGGCUUCUAUGGUGAGAUUGACUGGGAUCGAUAUAACUCUCCUGAUGUGGAUGAUGAGGGGUACAGUGUUAAACCUGGAGAACAAGGGGGAACAGCUCCAAAAGUCAAGACAUUCUUCUCCUCCAGCGAGUCAGAAGGAGAAGAGGAGCAUGGGAAGAAAUUUAAGAUCAAGAUCAAGCCAUUGACAGCAAAUAGUGGAAACUGCACAGUUUCUGCAAUGAAUGAGCUGAAGGCCUCAGUGGGGACACUGGCCAUAUCUCCUUCUCCUUUGAGAAAGAGUCCGAGGCGAAGUCCAUGCCCAGUGAAACGGAACCUGUCAAGUGAAGAGAUAGCCAGACCAAGACGAUCUACUCCAACACCCACUACAACCCCAGGGCCUAGUUCGGACCCAACCAGAGAAACCUCAACAGCAUUCUUUGGCCCACCAUUUGAGACCAAAUUUGAAGCACAUAACUCUGAAGUGUUCGCGGUUGAGACCGAACUCUGGUGUCAGUCCACUACUCUCUCCACCUGUGUUCUGAGCAGAUCUCUGCCUACUGGAGCUCCACCACCUCUUCCUCCAAAGAACAUUCCUGGUACUCCACCUGGACGAAGUUCCAGCUCAGUUGAAUCCUCUGGUUAUUAUAGUGUGGUUCCUAGUGUCAAAGGAGGUGGGUCAUCUUCAGUCUAUCAGGAGGCUGCAUUUUCUGACCCAGUUGGAGGGGUGUGUAUGCCUGAUUUGGACAGUGUUUUUGGACCUGUUGAAACAUCCAAAUCUGGAUCAGACAUGGUCCAGUGCAGCUGGGUGAACUUUGGUGAAGGAUCUCCUGCCAGACCUCCACCCCCAAAUGAACCUGCCCCUUCCCCACCACUGUCCUCAUCCCCAACAGACUCGCCUCCGGACUCACCCAUAACCUCACCCCUCAACCUGCCACUUCCCACCUCACCCCCUCCACUGUUUCACUCUAUCCCACCACCAGAUUCACCUCCACCACCACCACCCUCAGACUCUCCUCUUAGUCCCUUGGACCUUCCCUGCUGCUUUCAGAUCCCAGAAUCAGAGUUCGUCCAAGAGUCGCCUGUCACCCCUGCAAGUCCUGGAAUGCCCUUUCCUCCAAUGGACCAUUACCCUCAGCAUGGAGCCAUUCCCUCUGUUCUAGCAAUGACAGAGGACAGAAGAAGAACUCCUGACCUGGCAAGUGUGAGAGAUGAGUUUUCUGUGUUUGGCACAUCACCCAAAGACCUUGCAACAGGAACUUUCAGGGGAACCCCACCUCCACUGCCUCCUCCUACCUACAGAAGUGUGAUGGGCUCCCCAGGACCCGGCAGUGGGCCAUCGUCUCCUGCACGUGCUGGCACUCCUCUGUCUGCUGGCAGCCCCAUCCCACCUCUACCACCAAGACCAUCAUCACGACCUAAAUUACCUCCUGGAAAACCAAACCUAGCAGAUCCGGCCCGUCCAUUCAGCCCCCCCAUCCACUCCUGGAGUCCUCCUCCAUUUGCUCCUCUGGCAAGAGCUGAGAGCACAUCCUCUAUAUCCUCUGUCACUUCCCUGAGCGCAGCCUCCACUCCUACACUAGGCAGAGAACUCAACCUUUCUGUGUCAGGUGGGCCACAGAGCUGUCCCAAGUCAGUUUUGCAGAUUAUGUUGUGUGAUGCGUGUUCCAGAGGUCCAAGUCCUCUCACAAUGGGACCCCAGGACACACUACCAGUAGCAGCCGCUUUCACAGAGACCAUCAGCACCUACUUUAAAGGAGCAGAUCCCACUAAGUGUUUGGUGAAGAUCACUGGUGAGAUGGUGCUGUCUUUUCCAGCAGGGAUCACCAGACACUUCUCCAGCCAUCCCAGUCCACCAGUACUUACUUUUACCAUAAGCCAGUACAGCCGGCUGGAGCAGGUCCUUCCCAACCCGCAACUUCUGUGCUGUGACACCACACCACCUACAGGUGACAUGAAGGAGUUCUGGGUGAAUAUGCCAAACUUGUUAAGCCACCUGAAGAAAGUGGCUGAGCAGAGGCCACAGGCCACAUAUUACAAUGUAGACAUGCUGAAGUACCAGGUUUUAGCUCAAGGUAUCCAGUCCACUCCGUUGAAUCUUGCAGUGAGCUGGCGUGGUGAUGCCAGCAGUACAGACCUCAGGAUAGACUAUAAAUACAACACAGAGGCCAUGCCCACACCCACACCACUCACCAACAUCCUCUUCAUGGCAGCUGUGGACGGCGGCGUCAACAAACUGCAGGCCAUGCUUCCUCCUGCCACCUGGAAUCCAGAUACGCAGAAAAUAUCAUGGAAGAUCACAGAGCUCUCACAGACGUCUGAAAAUGGAGGAGUAGGUGCACUUCUGGCUCGCUUCCAGUUAGCUGAAGGCCCAAGCAGACCAUCUCAGCUCGCGGUGCAGUUUACCAGUGAGGGCAGCACUUUAUCUGGCUGUGAUUUUCAUCUCGUAGGUUCAGGGUACAGACUGUCCCUGGUUAAAAAAAGGUUUUCUGCAGGUAAAUACUUGGCAGACAACUGAACUGGCAACAGCUAUCACGUGGUAUGAAUGAGAUGUUAGGAUGCCCUUUUGGCACUACAAAGACACUUCAAUAACAUUUAUUUAUUUUAAUUAUUUUUUAUUUUAUUGAAACUACAGAAGUAAAAGACUCAAGAUCUCACUUAUAAUGUCUGGUGUUGAAUAUCAUCAGUGCGUUGUGUGUGUGUGUGUGUGUGUGUGUGUGUGUGUGUGUGUGUGUGUGUGUGUGUGUGUGUGUGUGUGUGUGUAUGUGUGUGUGUGAAUAUCAGCAUAUUUUGUGUGUAUAUGAUAAAACUUCAGGAAAAAUGCAAUACUUGGACUUUUUCUUGCAGAAAGCCGUUUCCUUUUUCACUACUGAAUCUUUUUUCUCUCUCUGUUCCAACCCAAUCUUAGUUCAUGCCAAAAUUAAGAUGAUUUUUAGCUUAAACCAUUAUUUUUAUUGAUUCACCAAAUACAUGUCAACAGCUACCAGCACUUUGAGAGUCAAAAAAGCAUAUAGUUACAAGACACUGAAACAUGCUUGAUUUGCCACUAAUUUGUAUUUUGUAUUUUGGACUCCUAAUGUACCAGUAGACAUUUCAUUUUUUAUGAAUCACCAAGAAUUGAAAUUUAAUUAAUAAUCUCCUUUAUUGUCUUUAUGAUGAAAGAUUUAAUGGCAGGUUUUCAUUUUUAGGUAAACAAAACAAAAAAUAUACAUUUAAUUGUGAGAGUAAUUCCAUAUAUCAAAUGGAUCGAAUAGAAGACACUUAUUUAAAAAACAUUUAAAAAUGUACCAACCUCCAACAGAUAUGAGCAUCAUUAACAUUCAAUUGUGGUUGUAAAAUUAUUAUCUAAACGGGACUCAUUAUUAGCAAUGCCAGUGGCCGUUAAGCGAACGACAGUUAGUAAUUGAUGCUAAUGCUCAAAGUUAUGUAAGCAUAACUUACAAGAGACUGAAUAUAAUUCAGAGUUUCUUAGAAACUUUUUUUUUAAGUUUUAUCACAAUCUGUGCACCCUUUAUUGUUAACCAAGACACGUUUUGUUCUUUAUUAGCUGAUGAUUGCCCAGUCACCACUCAGUGUUAUUGAACAGACCUCUUAUUAAUAAAAUACAAUGAUCUGCUUCCACAGAAUAUUCCAUUUAGUAUCAUCUUAAAAUGCCUUGUGUCAGUGUUAACAUUGUUUUGAUUUUAUUGGUUAAGGCAUGUUGGAAUGCAUCACUUCUGCGAUACCGAAUUCCUUGAAAUAAAUUUAAGGAAUGGGUCAAAUAUAAACUUUUCCUUUUGUUUUUCCACAAUGUGGAUUCUAUUUUUCCUGAACAUUGUACUGUAGCAAUAUUUAAAACAACGUGUAUAAAUGUAAAAUAGGAAUUGUUAUUACUAUCCAAAACUCAUCAAAUGGACAGAGUUUCUAUGUCUUGUCAUAGAACAUAUUUCAAGUUAUUGUAUUUACAUGUCAUAAUGCACUUUAUAUUGUUAAAUAAUUCAAUUAAUUAUUCAAAUUAAUGUCAAUAAUUUCAUGCAUACUUAUGUGGUUUGUAAUUGAUUUGAACAUUCUGUUGACUGUUUCUAUUGAUCAAAAAGGGAAACAAAUGAAUCGGUACAGAAGAACACUACUCACAUCCUUGAUUACUUUUUUGUACUGUAUUGUGUUGUCAGCUCUUUAAUCAACGUCAUUGCAAAUCAUAUGUGGAUUAUUGCCUUUAAAAAUGUCAGACUACUAAUUCAGUUGUGUAGACACCUUAACUAGAAAAGCCUCAGAUAUCUUUAAUUAUAGAGACUUGGGUAUGUAUAUGUGUUUCUGGAUAGUCAUUGGUCAUAUCAUUUGUCUAAUCUGGUUUUAGUUAUGUGUCAACAUUAUUUUUGUCAUUACUUAUAAAGUGUACUUUAUUUCAGUUAUUUGGAGGCCUUACCUGACCUUAAAAUGGAGGAGUGCAUAAACAACUGCUGGCUGCAGAUGGUUUAUUUGUGUCUCCAUCUCUCAUUUUAAAAUAAGGAAAAAGAGUUUUUUUUGUUUUGUUUUUCUCCCACUUAAGUUGUUGUAUUGUGUUUUUCACCUAAUCAGAAUCCUGGUCGUACGUCAAUUAGAAAAUGGAAUAUGCAAACAUUUCAUGCAUAAAAUGACCUCUCCCCAGACUUAUGAGACUAUAGAGACUGAAAUGCUAAAUAUAUCAAAUGUGAAAAUAAUGUAAUGUCUUAAAAUUAAAGUUAUGGAAUACAUGUUCAACA